AUGACUACUCCAGAGCUGCGGCGAAGACAGCUGUCAAGAAGGAGGUGGAGCUAUCGACAGGCAUUCCUCGAGAUGGGCGAUGAGGUUUCGGCUGCAUCCAUGGUACAGUACUUCGGAACCGGAAUGGCACAGCUAAGAGGAAGAGCUGUCUAUGUCCAGUUCUCAAACCACAAGGAACUCAAAACAGACCAAACUCACAGUAAUGCGGUAAGCAUUCUUUGA